GAUAAGCGACACAAGAAGGCGUGCCAGAAGUUUUCCUAGAAUUGGUGAAGCUAAAACCUCUCACAGUCAGUCUUAUCCAGAAUUUCCAUCGAAUCGCGCACAAAGACUUGUCUCUGUGAGAUCUGAAGGAUCUACCACAUUGCGAAAGAAUGGUCAAGCACAAGGAGAGAAUAAAAAUAUCCGUAUACAACUUCCAAGCGAACCAAUUGAAGAAAGUCACGCAAGAGUGGACUCGAGUGAUGAUUCUGGCGCAGAGGAUGAGCAUCUUAUCAGAAUUGAUUCAUCAAGACCGAGCUUUCCUCAAUGGAUCACGGAUGAAGAAAAAACAUCUUAGGCAUUCUCUAAUUUUGUGUACACAAUGUAAUUUGAGCCUUUCCACAAUGUGAGUAUUGAAACUGCUGAGAGCUUUGUGUUACUGACAGUUAUAUGCCGCUCUUGAACAGACUUCCUGAGGUUUUAUGUGUCCUUUGUGUCGUGUAUUCAUAUUAUGUUUGAAUAGCGUGGUACAGUACCAUUGUGUUCUUCAACAGUUCAUAUGAAUAAUUUUUCUUAAUAUGUGCACAAAAAAAGUGCGACUUGUGUUGAGAAAGUUGUAAACUUACCGUUAUAUUGAGGUCUCAAUUUUUGCGUUAAGUGGC